AUGGAUACUAUAGAUAAAAGUUGGAUGGAUCUUCGAAGAUCCACCAAUGAGUAUGAUCGUGGAGUGAAUUAUUUUCUUGAUAAGGCAUUUGAACGAGCUUCUCAAGGAAAUGAAAUACUAUGCCCUUGGAAAAGGUGUUUUAAUCUGUAUUGGCAUACUCGAACGGAGGUGGAGAAUCACUUGUUUGGUUAUGGAUUUGUUAAUGGAUACACCAAAUGGGUUUUCCAUGGAGAAGGGUUUUCUUCAACAAAUAUGUCGCAUCCAACCAAUGAUGAUGAAACUUCCGACAUGCAUGACGAUAUCGACGGACUACUUUAUGAUACUUUUAGGAAUGUAGAAGGUGAUCUGAGGCAUGAAGGAGUUACAGAGGGACCAUCUGAAGAUGCAAAGAGAUUUUUCAAAUUAGUUGAGGAAGGGAAACAAGAGUUGUACCCAGGGUGUAAGAAUUUUUCUAAGUUGAGUUUCACCAUUCGGUUGUACUUGUUUAAAUGCAUUCACGGGUUGAGUAAUGUAGCCUUUUCAGACUUGUUAGACUUGAUAAAAGAGGCAUUUCCAUUUGCUCAGCUACCCGAGUCUUUCAACAAGGCAAAAAAGGUGAUAAAAGAUUUGGGUCUUGGUUAUGAGAAAAUUCAUGCAUGCCCUAACGACUGCAUGCUAUUUUGGAAUGACAAUGCGAAGAAAGAUAAUUGCUCUAUGUGUGGUUCUUCUAGAUGGAAGAAUGUUCGUGAUGAUUUGACUAAUAAGAACACUAAAAUCCCAGCAAAGGUUUUAAGACAUCCUGCUGAUGGGGAAGCUUGGAAGGAUUUUGAUUCAUUGCACCCGAAUUUCUCUAAAGAUCCUCGUAAUGUUCGAUUGGGUCUUUCAAGUGACGCCGGAGUAUAUAAUGUUGUCAAUGAUCAUUCCAGUCCAUCAUCUCCUGGAAACGAUAUAGAUGUGUACCUACAACCACUAAUUGCAGAGUUGAAAGAACUAUGGGAAACAGGAGGCCAAAAGAAACGAUCUCGGAAGAAUGAUGGUCCAUGGAAGAAAAGAUCCAUAUUUUUUGAAUUGCCAUAUUGGGCACAUAACAAAUUGAGGCACAAUCUUGACGUGAUGCACAUAGAGAAGAAUAUAUGUGAUAGUUUGCUUGGGACUUUGUUGGAUGUACCUGGAAAGUCCAAAGAUCAUGUAAAUUCUCGCUAUGACUUGCAUGAGAUGGGGAUACGCAAGGAGCUUCAACCAUUAAAAGACGAUAAGAAUGGUAAAAUUCAUCUGGCUAAAGCUUGUUUCUCUAUGAAACCAGAGGAGAAAAGGUUGUUUUGCAUUGUUUUAAAAAAUGUCAAAUUACCAAAAGGGUGUGCCUCUAAUAUAUCACGUCGUGUGCAAAUGGAUGAGAUGAAAGUAUCAGGAUAUAAGAGCCAUGAUGCUCAUUUCAUAAUGCAGUACUUGCUUCAGGUUGCGGUUAAAAAAGUGCUACCCAAGAAUGUGUCUUUUUUUUGA